CAUUUGUUGCCGAUAAACUUAGUUUGGUUUCAAACCCGUUUUGUAAACCCUACAUUUGUUUUUCAGUUUUUCACUUAAACUAAAACUGAUUUAGUUGUUUUUAGAAGCGGAAACAAGAACCGGUUUCGCAAACUGACCAAACUGCCUCCAGAUGCAGUUUGAUCGGUUUAGGUUGUCCGAACAUACAUGCACUUUCCUGGAAAAAUGGCGGCAGCCAAACAUGAAGGAAUGUUGGACCAACAUUCAAAUCGUAUCACAGAACGAAUUAUUGCAAAGCCCAAGUUUUCAGUGGACGAGACCUGCUGUUCUUAGGUUAAUAGCACUUUAUAAAGAGAAUGAAGCAAAAUUUCAGAAACCAGCUAUUAAGAAAAAGACAGUUUGGCAAGAAAUUGCAAACAAAAUUACUGAACACCUGUUACCAGUAACAUGGCAGCAGUGUGAACAAAAAUGGAAAAACAUGACAAAAGCAUACAGAGACACAAUCGAUAAUAACCGAAAAUCUGGUGCUGAUAGAAAGGAAUGCCCUUUCUUUAAAGAAAUUGGAGAAAUAUAUGGGUACAGACCAAAUGUUACUCCAUUACAUUGUGAAGGAUCAAUGGCUGAAGCUGGUGAAAGUGAAUCUAGCACAGGUAGUGAAGAACCAGGAGCUUCUACAUGUAGUUCACCAAUCAAGAAAAAAAGCAGAAAACAAGAAAAAACAAAACCGAUACAGUAAUACAGUUAAUAGAAGAUAUGAAAGAAAAGAAAAGGGAGUUAAUAACUGAGAUAAGAAAGCAACAUGAAGAUAGAAUGACAACUGAAAAACAGAAAAUUGAACUUUUGUCAAAAUUACUGAAAGAUUGAAGUUAAGAAAGCUGGACAACAGUAUUGCUUGUUUUAAAAUGCUCAGCACCUAGAACUGAUUGCGUUUUAAUAUGCUCAGCACAUAAAAUGGUAUGGAUUGCUUGAAAAUGCUCAACACUUAGAACAGUACAGCUUGUUGAAAAACGCUCAACAUAAAGAAGAGUAUCACUUAUUCGAAAGUAAUUUACACAUAUAACAGUAUCACCUGUUUGAAAUUGAUCAACAUGUAGUACGCAAUCACUUGAUUAAGUAUCAGUUUGCUGGAUUGUUAAUGUGCUAAUUCAUUCUGUUUUGGAAGUUCUGUCUGAAGAACAGACAUUAGUGUUUUGAAAUUUAUAAAACCUUACUCAGUUUUCUUG